AUGGCUAAACAAGUGGCAGAAGUAGAAUUUCACGCUCCCGACUCCCCUGAAGAUGAUGCCGCUGAUCUAGAUAUAAGUGUUGAUUUAAUUGAUGAUGGACUUUACUUGGGAAACCUAGCAUGUGCAAGGGACUCCAAGACACUGGACAAGUUGAAUAUUAGUCACAUUCUGACUAUUGACCUUGUUCCUCUUCCUCGGACAGUACUUGAUAGACAAAAUCUUACCUUUAAGUUUGUUAAAUUGGCAGAUAUACCUAAAGAAGACUUGAUAACACAGCUUCCACCUUGCAAUGAAUUCAUAAAAGAUGCCAUAUCCAAUGGUGGAAUUGUACUGGUUCAUUGUUACUUUGGUGUAUCAAGAUCAGCAGCGAUUGUCAUUGGCUACAUCAUGGAGAAGUAUUCCCUAUGCUAUGAAGAUGCCUUUGGCCUUGUAAAAAGCAAAAGGAGGUUUAUAAGUCCAAAUGUAGGGUUUGUGGCACAAUUAAAGCUGUUUGGCCACAUGGGCUAUCAAAUAAACAAGGAUGACCCCAGGUUUAAACAGUUUAGGCUGAAGAUGGCAGGCCAAAAAUUGAAACAAGUGAAGAUCCUACCACAGCUGUUUGUAGACUUGGUGAAAGCAGACCCAGGAUUGAUAAGGGAACGCCCAGACCCAAUUGUCUACAGGUGCAAGAAGUGUCGCAGGAUUGUUGCUAGUCAGAGCAAUAUCAUACCGCACAUACCUAAGCAGGUCAAGAUUGAGUUGGCCAAGAAAGGAAUGCGUCCACCUCCGAGCAAGCUGACCGGAUUAAACUGUGCAGAGAACGGGCAACUUCUAAUAGACAAACUAAAGAAUUUAGCCUCACAAAUUAUAGAUGAGGACUGCGGAGUCACGGUGCAGGAUGAUGGGCCUAGUCAAGUGCUAGACGGCUACAACGAGCAGAACAUGGUGGACGGCAGUAUAGCGGCCAGGGCCGAUGCAGCUGAGGUUUGUCGGCUCAUGUGGUUCGUAGAGCCAAUGGCCUGGAUGGAGGAUGUGACAAGGACGCCCAGCGGUAAGCUGCACUGCCCCAAAUGUCGGAACAAGAUAGGCAGCUUCAGCUGGCUGAUGGGGUGUAAAUGUCCAUGUGGGCAGAAGGUGGCGCCAGCAUUCUACUUGGUGCCUUCAAAAGUGGAAUGGUCUAAUAUUGUGCAAAAUGUACAAAUCACUGUCUAA